UGUUUAUGAAUGUUCUCAUUGAUCAUAUUCCUACGCGACAUCAUUCCUAUUUCAAACACCCACACACAAAUUAUCAUAUAAACAUUCUAUAGUGAAUAAAACAAACAAAGACAUCAGAAUCCGAAAUGCCUCCAUAUCAAUUGCUGAAUCCGCAUUUUUCUAAUGAAUUAUUAUUCAAACGUUUAUUAUCACGCCAAAUACGAUCAUCGGUCAAUCAUAAUGUAACUACAACUACAAACGGUGGCGAAAUGGAAUUCGUUCCUGGCAUCGAAUUCCAUAAGCCUACCGAAAUGGCUCGGCAACUAGCUAACAUUAAUGGUACAAGUGGUGGAGAAUCUUAUUCUCGUGGCCAGGAUGAAACAGUCAAUGAUUUCACUACAACCAUACACGGUUUAAUCAAUUCAACUGUCAAAAAUAUGGCCAAAGGCACAAAAGUUCAAUCCAUGAAAGAAUCAAGCAGCUUUUUUGAUGAUGUAGAAAAACCUGUGGAGAAUAUGAUGAAAACUGUGGCCAAAAAGACGAGCAUUCCAUUCUGGGCUGUGUUCUUAAUCUUUUUAGUAAUAAUGGGCAUUCUAGCUCUCGUAUUCUUUUGCUGUCUACAAAGAUGGUGGCGCAAAUUCCGAGGAAAAGAAGCAAAAGGAGGAUUUAUGGGUGGAAAAGUUGAUCUAAAAUCUGUUCAAUUACUUGGCCAAACGUAUAAGGAAAAAGUUCAACCAGAAAUGGAAGAAUUGACAAAAGAUAUGGAACAAAACGAAGCUGGCAAAGAUGAUGCAAAAGAAGAGGUUAAACUAGGUCGAUUACAAUUCAAAAUCGAUUAUGAUUUCAAUCAAUCUAAUUUGGCAGUUACUGUUCUUCAGGCUGAAGAAUUACCAGGUCUUGACAUGUCUGGAACCAGUGAUCCAUAUGUUAAGGUUUAUUUACUUCCUGACAAGAAAAAGAAAUUCGAAACAAAAGUACAUCGAAAAACAUUGAAUCCGGUUUUCAAUGAAACAUUUAAUUUCAAAGUUCCAUAUGCUGAAAUAACAACAAAAACUUUGGUGUUUGCUGUAUACGAUUUUGACAGAUUCUCGAAACAUGAUCAAAUUGGUGAAGUAAAAAUUCCACUCAACCAAAUCGAUCUGGCACAGACCAUUGAAGAAUGGCGUGAUUUGACAAGUGUUGAGGAUGCCCAAGGACAGGAAAACAAGUUGGGAGAUAUUUGUUUUUCAUUGCGUUAUGUACCGACUGCUGGUAAGCUCACUGUCGUUGUCCUCGAAGCCAAAAAUCUUAAAAAAAUGGACGUCGGUGGCCUCAGUGAUCCAUACGUUAAAAUAGCCUUGAUGCAAAACGGAAAACGAUUGAAAAAGAAGAAAACAUCGAUCAAGAAGUGCACAUUGAAUCCUUAUUAUAAUGAAUCAUUUACAUUCGAAAUUCCAUUUGAACAAAUUCAAAAAGUGCAGUUGGUUGUAACUGUUGUUGAUUAUGAUCGUAUUGGUACAUCAGAACCGAUUGGCAAGGUUGUACUCGGCUGCAAUGCAUCCGGCACUGAAUUAAGACAUUGGAUGGAUAUGCUUGCAUCACCACGACGACCAAUAGCUCAAUGGCAUUCAUUAAAAGAUCCUGAUGAUGGUGGCGGUAAAGAUAAUUGAUUGAUAUAAAUCAAGAA